UAACGGCAGCAAGAGUGCCGUAUCGCUCGUGACCAAAUUACGCGUCUACGCCACGGUGUUAAGCUCAAAUACUUUCCAAAGGAUAAUAAGCCCCUCGAAGCAGCAAACAAGGGAAAAAGAAAAUCAUAAUACUUUUAAAUGUGAAAAGUUUUCUAUUUGCCCUUUCGGUUGUGACAAAAACAUAAAGCCCACCAAACAGUGAAACGAACGAAAUGUGUGUGUGUGAAAUUAUGCAAAGGACAUCGAUGGAAAAACAACGCCCUUUGUAGAAAUUUACUCCACAGACACUGAAGUGUGGUGUCCUUUGAAGUGAAAGCAAAAAACAAAAAAAAAAACCAAAAAAAAAAAGAAAAGCAAAUCGCUCGUUUUCGCAGACGAUGUAAUGUGCGGCAUAUCCUUUAUUCUGAUGUUGUAGACAAAUACACACAAAAAAUCCAACAACACAAACGCGGCAUGACACGCUCCCACAACGACACACACACAAAUGUACACAGCCCCUAAUGCCUGUGAAAAUGUUGAUGACCUAAAGAGUAAUAAAUUUAACAAGGAAUUUAAUUGAAUCGAAAGUGAAUGUCAAAGCGGAAAAGGGAAACACAAAAGAGCAAAGCAAAAUCCAAAAAAAAGUGAAUAAUCCCUAAAUCUUCUGUUGUAAUUGAAAAGUUACAAGCGGUCGAGUGAACGACAACGAAAAAGUUUCAAACACACAAAGUGAGUGGUGGAGAGCAAAAAUUGUUUGUCUUUUAUAGUCGAAAAAAAUGUUUCAUGUUUGUUCGAAUCGAUGUGAAUAAAAGUGCGGUACUACCACAAAGCAGUGCGGUAUGCUCCAUGUCCAUGGUGUAAAUCCUCCCUACGAUAUCCGAAAAUUAUACAAUCAUCAGCUACAAAAGUUAGUGACCUACCAGAAAAACCAAAAUAAGCCCUCCAUCCCCUAGAGUCAAAAGUAAGCAGGAAAACAAAUAAAACAAAAAUACUUCGCCCACGCAGCGAAGAGGAAUGCCAGCCAAAGAAUAAAUAAGAGCAAGUCGAAGAAAGUCAACAAAUAAAAAGUGUUGUUAUUGUGGUGUAGUGGUGGUGUAUCUUCUCUCUUCACCCAAGUUCGUUGUCGAGUAUCUGUCGACGGUGUCCCCAAGUAUCCUUAACUUAAUCACUGCCCUUCCGCCGCUUCGGUUAGAAAAAGAAACCUAGAAAGCGAUAUUGUGAAUGAAGUGUUAUAAAUUGCAGCACAAUUAAAUGUAAUUAAUUGUUUCAUUCCAAAUUGUGCCGCCUCCCCACUUUUGGCAGUUUGUGCCAACAGCAACAGCAGUAAGUGCCGGCUUAAAGGAUACCAGACUUUGCCUACCUACCAUUGGAUACCUCGCUGGCUUUUCUGACUGUCCCGUGUAAACAAAUGAUUGAGAACAAUAGGUGGCUAACAAUACUGUUGUGUCAACAAUGGUCCAUGGUGGUGUUUGCUGAGUGCAAUGCUGAGCCUCCUUUGCAUUUGGAUUUUGAACAACGAAGGCAUUGUUAAUUUAAACACGCCGACCGAAGAAGAAUGCCAAUCUAAAGUUGCUCAUAAAAUGCCACAUUGCCUGUAGGCCUGCAGCAGAUUAUUCUGACGCAACACACUCAUAUUGUCUCUAACCUAACACACCUCGUCUCAAGAACAAAGCACAAGCACACAUGAGUGUGAGUGCUUAACUGCUUGGAGGACACACCUGUAAGAGAAGAAAAGAAAAAAAAACGUAGAAAGGAAAGCACACAAAGGAAGCAGAAAGCAAAAAAAAAAAAAAGAAUCAGCGAAAGCAACAACUGAAUAAAAGCGGGGAAAUCUUGUCAUCGCAAAAUCUAAAAAAAAAUCUGGUUCCCAACAAAUGUAGGCAAUAUCGAGUUUAAAACCUUACUCCAAGCCACUACCAACUUGGAUGCAAAAAGUGUUUUUAAGGAAAACGUGAAAAGUUUUUACUGUUAGACUGUCGAAUAAAGGCUUUAGCGAAAUGUAUCUCCCUGCCACACAUAUGGCAUACAAGUGACGCACUGGUUGCACAUGAAUGUAAAGAAAAGGAGAAAACAGCAGCAGGAACAACAGCCACUUUUAUCUCCUUGCAUUCAUCCAACUAUCACAAAACCACGACCAUAAAGAUGUCAGUUUGAUGCGUUUUCCGAGGAAUAUUCAGAUUCCUGAGAUGAUGACGAAAAUCGCAAUGCGGCUGCAGAACUUUACAACCACCAUCACCCCCUUGAGAAGAGCCAUGCCGGAGUGCUGUUGUUUUCUGCAUUUGAAUGCCAGGAAGCCUCAUACGAAGUGAAAGGGAGCAACCAAGACAAACAAAAACAGGGCUUAAAGAGACACAGAGAACACAGCUAAAAAGAUCUUCCCGUUAAGUGGCCCUUGUAGAAGUGAAGAAAAAAGAAAAUGCUAAGUGCUUAACGCGCUUCCAGCGAAGUAAAACUGAGCACACACAAACAUUCUUACUCCACAUAUACAUCCUACCACCCUGCGUAUGAGUGUUGAGAGCAAUUCACAUGUGUAAGUGUAUGUCAAGAUUGGCAGCAGACAACCAUACUAGAAAAUAUAAUUGAAAUUUUAAAUGCCCUCUUUGGCUGACUGAUAGGGAGGAGAGCAGCAAAGUGGGUGUUAGAGGGGGAGAUAGAAUAAAACAUUCAUAAAUUCAUGCAGCACAAAAAAAAGACUUGUGCAAAGACUUGAAGAGCAGCAACAACAAUGCCGAAGAGAAAUUUAAUUAGAGCAUAGACACAAUGGCAGCAGCAGUAGCAGCCUAGCCUUUUCACGAGAACAACAGAAACAUCAAUCUCACCAUAACAAAAGACAGAAAGAAACAACGAUUUCUCUACUUUACUAUAAGAGCAACAACAGCGAAACAAUAAAAUUCAAAACGACGUUGCAGCCAACCACCCACAACUUACGAAAAUUGCCUUCAAGUCCACAAAAGCGGUUGCCUAUGCAACCGAUUGGCGUCUGAGGCAUAAUGACUAUGUUGCAUCAUGGCAUGCAACGACAACGACGCACCACACUGAGAGACGUCAUACAAUUUAUCACACCUGCUGUACUGAAGAAGACCACCUCGCCGACCCGACUACAGCCCAAGCACAGUCGAAGAAAACUCAGUUGUUGCCCAACGACAAAAGACCCAAAGCACCAGCAGAGACGGCAGCAGCAGCAGUUGCUGCAACAACCUCAAACUCACCACCAUCAUCAUCAUCACAAUCACAGUCACUACCACCUUCAACAGAAACGAAUACCACUGCCCAUAGCUUGGUUGUUGAUUGUGAUAUGCGUGAUGUCGGGGCCACACGGUAGCAUUGUCUCGGCUUCAUCCUUCUCCGCUAUGAAUGGUAAUAGCAAUACCAGUAGCAAUAACAACAACAACAAUAACAAUUUAAGCUUAAGGACAUCAGCUUUAAUAGCAGCCGCCUCCACUACAACAACAUCAACAUCUUCCUCGUCGUCGUCGUCGUCAUCAUCAGCCGCCACAUCGUCCUCCUCAUCAUCUUCCCUGAUGACGGGGUCAAAUGUAAAUGCAGUCCCAUCAUUAGCUUUAACAGCAAUAGGCGGGUCGGGUAGUUCUAGUUCCUCAUCAUCAUUAACAUCCUCAUCGUCUUCGUCAUCAGCAACAUCCUCCUCCUCGUCCUCUUCGGGCUCAUCGUUAUCAUCAUCUUCAUCGUCGUCGUCGUCGUCGUCAUCAUCAUCGAAUUCUCGCAGCAGUCGCCAGUACAGCAACAACAACAAUAACCAACAACAACAUGACCAAUUGCCCUCACAACUUUCAUCGCGUAUUAUCCACACACGCAACGGAGCCUUAUCGGGCGUAAUUGUACAAUUAGAUGGCCGCCAUUUAGAUCCGGUCGAAGCGUAUCGCGGCAUUCCGUAUGCAUCGCCACCUGUCGGUAAUUUGCGAUUUAUGCCACCUGUAUCGGCAGCCAUGUGGUCAGGCGUCAGAAAGGCAGACAGGUUUAGUCCAGUGUGCCCUCAACGCCUACCCGAUAUAGGCAAUCAGACAGCUGCUCUGGAACGUAUGCCGAAAGGACGUUACGAGUAUUUGAAACGCUUACUGCCAUAUUUGCUAAAUCAAUCCGAGGAUUGUUUAUAUUUAAAUAUUUACGUUCCCAUACAAGUUGCCUCAAGAGAUUCUUCAACCAGCAGUGGUUCGUCAUCGUCAUCUUCAGCAUCGUCUAGUGGUGGCGGUGGCAGCAGCAGCAGUGGCUCUAGUGGCAGUUCAUCAUCCUCAUCAUCGAUGUCCUCUUCGCAAACAAAACUGCCCGUCAUGGUAUUCGUGCACGGCGAAUCGUACGAAUGGAACAGCGGCAAUCCCUAUGAUGGCUCGGUGUUGGCCAGUUUUGGCCAAAUGCUUGUGGUGACCAUUAACUACAGACUGGGCCUGUUGGGCUUUUUGAAUGCCAACACAGAUCGUUACUCCAAACUGCCUGCAAAUUAUGGUCUGAUGGAUAUUAUAGCCGCCUUACAUUGGCUUAAGGAGAACAUAGCCUCAUUCGGUGGUGACCCGCAAAGCAUUACACUCGCCGGUCAUGGCACUGGAGCGGCCUGUGUGCACUUCCUCAUAUCAUCAAUGGCUGUGCCAGAAGGUUUGCUAUUCAAUCGCGCCAUUCUAAUGUCUGGCUCAGGCUUAGCGCCGUGGUCCUUAGUCAGUAAUCCUGCCAAAUAUGCAGCCAUUGUGGCCCACCAUGUGAACUGUGCUCCCGAUCUGCCGCAUGCCCAUUUCAUGAAGUGUUUACGCGAGAAACCGCUGGACCAGUUGUUGAGUGUACCAAUUAGACAGCCUGAGUUCGGUUUCGCCUUUGGCCCCAGCAUAGAUGGAGUGGUAAUCGAUGGUGGCGAUUAUGUGCCACCGCCACCCAGCUUUAUGCAUGCCCAGGCCUCCACAGUGGCCGGUGGAGGUUUGGGUGGCGAGGCUGGCAAUGCUGCCCAUGGCGGUUGGGGCACCCCAGGACAAUUGGAGAAUAUAGUCCUAAUGAGGAAAACAGCCAUUAACAAGUUGUCAAGAUAUGAUUUAAUGGCGGGAGUUACACGUGCCGAGGCGUUCUUCUCCUUCAACUCGGGCGAUGUGCAGUACGGCAUUGAGGCGGACCGGCGUUCAAAGAUCUUAAAGGCCUACGUGCGGAACACAUACACGUAUCAUCUCAAUGAAAUUUUUGCCACCAUUGUUAAUGAGUACACGGAUUGGGAGAGGCCUGUGCAGCAUCCAAUUAAUAUCAGGGAUGAAACUCUGGAAGCCUUGAGCGAUGCUCAAGUAGUGGCUCCUGCUGCUCAAACAGUGGACCUACAUUCGGCUGACCACCGCAACUCAUAUUUGUAUGUAUUUGAUUAUCAGACACGUUAUGGCGAUUAUCCACAGCGCCAAGGAUGCAUACAUGGUGAGGAUUUGCCGUACAUAUUUGGAGCACCCUUGGUGGGAGGUUUCAAUCACUUCACACGCAACUAUACCAAGACUGAAGUGAGCUUGUCGGAAAUUGUUAUGCUGUAUUGGUCAAAUUUCGUAAGAACGGGGAAUCCUAAUGAGCAGAUGGAAAGCGAUCAUGGUAGCCGUCAGGAGCGCAGUCGAUACAAAACCAUCGAUUGGACGGCUUACGAAAGUGUACAUAAGAAAUAUUUGAAUUUUGAUACAAAGCCUAAGCUGAAAAACCAUUAUCGAGCCCAUCGUUUAUCCUUCUGGCUGAAUCUCAUACCGGAUCUGCACAAACCAGGGGGUGACAAUGUGCCCGUAUCACACCACCAACUCAGCGAUGAUGACGAAAUGGACAACAAUAUUGGUGAGGCUGCUGUGAAACCCCUCAAUCCACCCUACUCGCCCAGCAUUGGCAAUGCUGCCUUGGGCAAUUUCAGCAUAUUCACCAACCAGGUAUUUUCGCUGCUCAACCUUAGUUCACCCUCGUCGUCGCUACAACGUAAUGGCACGCGCUAUUCGGGUAGUAAACUAUACCCCGAAGAUAUGAUGGAUGGCGAUGGCCAUGGUGGCAGCCAGGCCUCUCAAGAAAGUGAUGGCUUUGCUGCCUAUUCCACCGCCCUCAGUGUGACCAUAGCCAUUGGCUGCAGUCUGCUCAUACUGAAUGUGUUGAUAUUUGCGGGGGUCUAUUAUCAACGCGACAAAACCCGCCUGAAUGAACCACGUUCGCAGACCAAGCUCAAGCGUCAAGAGAGUGGACAAAUGCCCAACAAUAUCUGUGGCGAUUUGGAAACACUGACCAUACACACGAAAAGUGACCCGGCCACCAUAUUGUCGCAUCAUCAUGCAUUGCAACAUCAUCAGCUGCCACCGCCAGAAUUUGCCGACAUACCCCAUAGGGCACCACCACCACCCAAACAUUUAAAGUCUAUGCAACAAGAUCCCGGGGGAGGGGGCGGAGGAAAUGUGGGCAUGGGUAACAAUAGCAAUGCUCAAAGUGCCACCAUUAUGGGCCUUCUGCCUCCACAUGCCUUACAGGUAAUGGGUAAUCAGUGUGGAACUCUCACCAAAAAGAGUUGCAUGAAGCAGUCCUCCAUGCAACAGCAGCAACAACAUCAGCAGCAGCAACAACAACAGCAACAAGUGCAACAAAGUCAACAGCAGAUGAUAGUGACGCAUCAGCAUCAACUACAGAAUCCCCAUAAUCAGACAAUGACAACGGCGCUGACCGGGUCGGGCAUGGGGGGACCGGGUUCGGGGAAUGGACCACCUCCAGCCCCGCCCACGGUGACAGUAACCUCGUCACAGGCCAUGCAACAGCAUCCGCUCUCCCAGUCCCAGGCCCACCCGCUAAUGGACGAGCUAAGGGUGUGACAUUAAUUAACCGUGCGUUUCAAAUGUGAUCUCUAAGGGCAUGCCCCAAAACCCCAAGACUUUUCCCCUCCUUCUUCCACACCCCAUCUAGGGAUCUUUCUCGAUUCCCAACACCACCACCACAACCACAACUUCAAUCCUCUAGUUCAUCAAACACCCUUAAAAAGAGAUUACAUGGUGUAGCGUGCGUCAAAUACCAGAUAGAAUACAUUCAGAAUUGUCUUUGCCCACAAUUCACAAGUCGCAAAAGCCAUAGACAAGCUUAGCAAAGAGACAAAGAAAAAAAAUGGAAGGAAUCUCCUCUCAAUAAAUCAAUAAAUGUUAUGUUUUCUACCUUCGCAAGAGAAAAACAAAAAAAAAACAAAAAACCUUAAAACUGAAAAAAUAUUUCUACGUUUCGUUGUUGUUUGAUACUCUGUUGUUUCAUCUCUAGCAAAUCUGUGUACAUACAACAUACAAUAAAACCUUCCCAUCAGAACCUUCAUUACAUCUACAUACUUACACACUACUACAUGCAGAUAAAUAUACCCUCUCUGAGAAUUAGUUUCCAACCAAAUGUAAAUGUAAGUAAAUGUUAGUUAAUUAUUAUAAACGAAGCAAGAAACCAAAAACAGAAAGAAAGAAACCAAACAAAAGAAAAGAAAAAUCCUUUUUGCCAUUAGGACCAAAAAAUCGAUGAGAAAAAACCCAUACUUUUUAAAGUAAGUGUCUGCAUUUCAGAUGAGUUUACGUCUUAUUGUUUUUAAAUAUUUAUUUAUUUUGUUUUAAUAUU